AACCCCGAACAAGAUGAUACGCUGCUGAGCAGCUGUAAACAUGUGAUCCUGUGUUUGUGAUGAAGGGAAGCACGUUAUCAUCCUGCAUUGUUCCUCGGGGUUACGUCCCACUGUCAGCUGCUCAGUAAACAGCCCGGACUGCGGCUGGCUGCAGCCUCCGACUCCCAACUGCCUCCAGACAAACAUGGCGAGCAGAGUCCUUCAAAGAAUGGCCACCGGCCUUCACAGAACGAGAACCGGACUUAAGGCCAACGUCCCGGUCGCCGUCACCUUCAGGGGGCUCGCAGGACUUAAAUCUCUUUUUGUGAGAAAAGUUGACCCCAGAAAAGAUGCUCACUCUCAUCUGCUUUCUAAGAAGGAAGACAACAAUCUGUACAAAAUACAGUUUCAUAACGUUAAACCAGAGUGCCUUGAUGCUUACAAUGAACUUUGUGAAGCAGUGUUACCUUCCAUUCAUGCUGAUCCUGAAUACCCCUGUGAGCUGGUGGGCACCUGGAACACAUGGUACGGAGAGCAGGAUCAGGCAGUUCACCUAUGGAGAUAUCGGGGAGGAUACCCGGCUCUCACCGAAGUCAUGAACAAACUCAGGCAGAAUAAGGUGUUUAUGAACUACAGGGAUGAGAGGGGAAAAAUGCUGCUGUCUCGUAGGAAUCAGCUGCUGCUGGAGUUCAGCUUCUGGAACGAACCCGUCCCUCGUCCAGGACCAAACAUCUAUGAGCUCCGAUCGUACCAGCUCAGACCAGGGACAAUGAUCGAGUGGGGAAAUUAUUGGGCACGGGCGAUUGAGAUCCGCCAGCAGAACCAGGAGGCUGUUGGAGGCUUUUUCUCUCAGAUCGGAAGCCUUUACCAAGUUCAUCACUUAUGGGCUUACAAAGAUCUUCAGACCAGAGACAAAAUUAGAAAUGCAGCAUGGCAGCGGGAUGGUUGGGAUGAGGUUGUUUAUUACACAGUCCCGCUUAUUCAGCACAUGGAGUCCAGCAUAAUGAUUCCCAGGAAGACGUCCCCCCUGAAGUAACCACCGACAGAACCAAUCGGCGCUACACCUACUCUGACCUGUGAAGUAUAACCAACCACCAGAAUGUACACUGCCUGGAAAUUCAGCACAACCUAAAUAUAGUUUUCCUUGUUUCGGUUCUUUUUGUUUCUGAAAUCUUUCUACCUUUUUUCUUGUUUUAUUUUUAAGAAAUUUGCAUCAAAACAGAAUUUGACAAGUUACUAUAAUUACUGAGUUACUGAGUUGUUAGAGUGCAGAAGAGACAGUUACUGAUUUGACCUUCUCGAUUCUGUCAUGAAAAUGAGAUGAAAAUUAAAAUGAUUCGUUAGCUUUGUAGAAAACCAAAACUAAAUCCCUCAAAACAAGCAAAAACAGUGAGCCUUAAAUGUGGUGAUUUCACUAAAAGAAACAGGCUCUGUUUUGAUUUUACUCCCAUUUUUUUCUUAAAACUUGUUUACAAAACUUUAUGUAUCUGACGAUGGUGUGAAGCUGAGAUUUGUUUCAGAAUUAUUAAGCUAUUAUGCUAAAAAUGUUUCAAGAUUCUCACAAGUUGAAGUUCACAAAACCACCGAAAAAUAUUGUAAAAUAAAGACUUUCAGCUCUUGAGUUCCAUCUGAAAACACAUGAUUUGCUGAAUCCUUUGCUUUGUUUUCCUUCCUUCUUUGUUUAACUGAUCACACCUCCAGUUUCUUUCUUUAACAUCGUGACACUCCUGGCUCUCCCAGUUGUGAAAACAAUGCAGAGUUAUUAAAAUGUGUUCUAAUUAGGCAGAGCCAAUGAAUAUUUGCAGAAUAAGCUACUGUACACUGACUGGUUUGGGCUUAUUCCAGUACAGUAAAUUAAUAUCAUCAUUGUUAAUGUGUGUUCUGAGAUUGAUUUUUAAGCAAUGCCACCAUGUUAUUGGUAGGAGGGCCUAUUGAACAACCCAAAGAUAUGGUCUCCUGUGUCUGUAAAGAAUCUGGGUCUUUAAAAUCACCUCUUGUUGUCAGAUUAGUGGCGCCCCAGAGUGGAAAAUAUAAAAUGUAGAGCUUUAGUUGUACAUAUUGAAUAAAAUGUCUCAUUCAUAGAA